AUGACCGCCCUGGCCGUCCAGACCGUAAGCAACCUCCCGGACCGACCUUCACCCCUCGACCUGUACUGGCCCUAUACCGACAUCGGGUUUGUUCGAUAUCACGAUAACGGUGUGCAUAAAAGGAACAAAUUCACCUCAGUUGGGAUAGAAUUCCGUGAAGUUCUCUUCGAGUUCCUGUUCGACGCUACACAAAAGAAGAUGAUUGAUACCUAUGGAGCGAUAGUUGCACAAAAGUUAAAACAAUCUUGUACAAAAGGAUUUGAAAAGAAAUGUGAAGAUCUCCCACAGAAAUUAUUUGAUUUAUGCGAGAAUGGAAAACACAAAAACUGUUAUAAAGAAGUCUUUGCCGGCGUCAAGUUUUUUGCGAAUCAAACAACAAUUGUCACAACAGCCUGUAAGUGGUUGACAAAGCCAAAGCCAUCUAUCCCACCUACACUUUCCACCAUUCACAUUAAAACCACCAUGGCUCUUCCUCCUCCUCAUCCCUCUCUUUCUUCUCACGCAACCACUAUCAUUAGUGAUUCCUCUACGGAUGCCAGUAGCAAUUUCCCAUUUGUCAUUGUGGCAGUCAUCACGGUCCUAGCUUUCAUUGCCAUUGGAAUCUCUCUGUUCUGUUAUUGCAAAAAGAAGAAGGCAUCUGAGAAGUAG